AUGAGUUCAAUGAGCUCACACUCGAAGACGCAGAUGCAAUCGCGGAAAAUUGAUUUGGACCCGAUAUGGGCCGACCUAAGAGAAGGAAUCGAGCAAAUGUAUUCACGGCGCUCUAUGGACAAACAAAGAUACAUGGUGUUAUACACUCACAUAUAUAACUAUUGUACAUCAGUACAUGAACAAAACAUAAAUAGUUUAAGAUCGAGCACCAGUAGCAACCCGUCGCAUGCAAUGAAAAACUUUGGAUAUUCCAAGAAACCAGGAGGACAAGUGCACGGUGGUGCACAACUGGUCGGUCUUGAGCUCUACAAGAGGCUACGCGACUUCCUUAUAUAUUAUCUCAUUAAUUUACUUGAGCACGGAGUAGAUCUAAUGGGAGAAGAUGUACUCGGUUUCUACACAACGCAGUGGGAAGAGUACCAGUUCUCUUCCCGAGUGCUAAACGGCGUAUGUUCGUACCUCAAUAGGCAUUGGGUCAAGCGUGAAUGCGAAGAAGGGAGAAAGGGUAUAUACGAGAUCUACCAGCUGGCUUUAGUCACGUGGCGCGACCAUUUGUUCCAGCGGUUGAAUAAGCAGGUCACAAAUGCUGUACUCAAAUUGAUUGAGAAAGAGAGGAAUGGGGAGACGAUCAACACUAGACUUGUGUCAGGGGUGAUCAACUGCUAUGUGGCUCUGGGCAUGAACGAUGAAGAACCGGCUGCAAGAGGGCAGAAUCUAGUGAUUUAUAAAGAUACAUUUGAAGCAGUCUUCCUAGAAGAUACCGAACGAUUCUACACCAGAGAGAGUACGGAGUUCCUCAGGAACAACUCUGUUACAGAGUAUAUGAUUAAGGCUGAACAGAGACUCCAAGAAGAGCACAAGCGAGUUCAAGUGUACCUGCACGAGACGACCAUGGAGAGACUCGCCAAGACCGCCGAUAGGGUGCUCAUUGAGAAGCAUCUAGAACUGUUCCAUUCGGAGUUUCAGAAACUCCUCGAUCUGGACAAGAACACGGACUUGGGUCGUAUGUACGCGCUGGUGGCUCGCAUCCCAGACGGGCUCGGGGAGCUGCGGCGUCUGCUCGAGCAGCACAUACACGCGCAGGGGCUGCACGCUGUCGACAAGUGCGGGGACGCCGCGCAUACUGACCCGAAAGUGUAUGUAUCAACCAUAUUGGAGGUGCACAAGAAAUACAACGCUCUAGUGUUGGUCGCUUUCAACAACGACUCUGGCUUCGUCAUGGCUUUGGACAAAGCCUGUGGGAGAUUUAUUAACAGUAACGCAGUGACAAAAGCAGCUAACUCCUCGUCUAAAAGCCCAGAACUUUUGGCCAAGUACUGCGAUCUAUUGCUGAAGAAGUCCAGCAAGAACCCGGAGGAGGCCGAGCUGGAGGAUACCCUCAACCAAGUUAUGGUGGUGUUCAAGUACAUCGAAGACAAGGACGUUUUCCAGAAGUUCUACAGCAAAAUGCUCGCCAAGCGCUUAGUCCAGCACAUUUCCGCCAGUGACGAUGCAGAGGCCUCGAUGAUCUCAAAGUUGAAGCAAGCGUGCGGUUUCGAAUAUACCAGCAAGUUGCAGAGGAUGUUCCAAGAUAUAGGCGUGUCAAAGGACCUAAACGAGAACUUCCGUAAGCACAUGGCGAAUAGUUCCGAGCAACCGCUGCACAUCGAUUUUAGUAUACAAGUGCUGUCUUCUGGAUCCUGGCCCUUCCAGCAGUCUUCCAGCUUCCAACUGCCUACCGAGUUGGAGCGUUCAGUGCACAGAUUCACAACGUUCUAUUCGUCUCAACACUCUGGAAGAAAGCUGAAUUGGCUUUACAAUAUGAGCAAGGGCGAGCUUGUUACUAAUUGCUUUAAAAACAGAUACACAUUACAAGCGAGCACCUUCCAAAUGGCGGUCCUGCUUCAGUAUAAUGACAACACGUCAUGGUCGGUGCGUCAGCUCGAGCAACAUACUGGCAUCAAAGGAGAUUUCCUUAUACAGGUACUACAGAUUUUGCUGAAAGCCAAGCUGUUGGUGUGUCAAGACGACGAGUCCGAGUUGUUGGAGUCGUCCAUUGUUGAAUUAUAUGUAGGAUAUAAAAACAAAAAGCUUCGUGUAAACAUAAAUAUACCAUUGAAAACGGAGUUGAAGGUGGAGCAAGAGGCAACACACAAGCACAUCGAGGAGGACCGUAAGAUGCUCAUACAGGCCGCCAUAGUGAGGAUAAUGAAGACCCGCAAGACUUUGAAGCACCAACAUCUGGUAGUGGAAGUGCUCAACCAGCUCUCCUCACGUUUCAAACCACGAGUGCCUGUCAUCAAGAAAUGCAUCGACAUACUGAUCGAGAAGGAGUACUUGGAGCGCACAGAGGGAGAGAAGGACACGUAUAGCUAUCUAGCG